AUGGCUGAAGAGGAUGAAAAUAUGAGCGAAGAGCUCAACGCCGAAGAUGCCGAGACAGCCCAGAAGAUAAUCAACGAAGAAUACAAAACAUGGAAGAAGAAUGCCCCCUUUCUCUACGACAUGAUCCUGAGUACGGCGCUGGACUGGCCUACUCUCACCACACAAUGGUUUCCAGACGUCCAAGAGGUGCCUGGUACCAACUAUUCGAAGCAUCGUCUCCUCAUCGGCACGCAUACUGCUGAGGGUCAGCAAAACUACCUGGAAAUUGCCAACGUGCAACUACCAAACCCCAAGAAGCCGGAUGUAAAGGAUUACAAUGAAGAAACGGGAGAGAUUGGGGGAUAUGGCGGAGGUGCAUCAGGCAAGAAUCAGAUCGAGGUCAAAUUCAACAUUGUCCAGAAAAUCGACCACCCGGGCGAGGUCAACAAGGCCCGAUAUCAACCACAGAACCCCAACAUCAUCGCUACCAUGUGUACGGACGGCCGGACCCUGAUAUGGGACAAAACAAAACACACUAGUAUUCCCACCGGAAAACCAAAUCCUACUCUGGAGCUUGUUGGACACGAGAGGGAGGGGUAUGGCGUGAGUUGGAACCCUCGUGAAGCCGGUCAACUGGCUACAGCAAGCGAAGAUUCCACUGUAAGACUAUGGGACAUCACACAUGGGUCAAAGGCAAACAAGGUGGUGAAAGAAUUACGCAAGUAUACCCACCACAACAGCAUCGUCAACGACGUUCAAUAUCAUCCCAACCUCCCUCAUCUACUGGGGACGGUAUCUGAUGAUCUGACAAUGCAACUUCUGGAUCUGAGAUCCCCCGACACCACUCGAGCGGCGGCGAAAGGGGAGAAUCAACACCGUGACGCCAUCAACUCCAUUGCUUUCAAUCUGGCAGUUGACACAGUGGUGGCGACGGGUAGUGCGGACAAGACCAUCGCGAUCUGGGAUCUGCGCAACCUCAAAGACAAGUUACAUGUACUGGAAGGACAUAACGACAGCGUCACGACUCUUGAGUGGCAUCCAUUCGAAGAAUCCGUCCUUGCCUCCAGCAGCUACGACCGGCGAAUAAUGUUCUGGGAUUUGGCCAGAGUCGGAGAGGAGCAAACGCCCGAAGAUAGUGAAGACGGGCCUCCCGAGCUCUUGUUUAUGCAUGGAGGACACACCAACCGCAUCAGCGACUUUUCGUGGAACAAGAAUAAUCCAUGGGUGAUUUGCAGUGCGGCCGACGACAACCUGAUCCAAGUGUGGAAAGUUGCAGAGGCCAUUGUCGGACCGGACGAAGACGAUGUGCCGAUGAACGAGCUGGAGGGAUGA